AUGUCCUCGUCCAAGCGCUCUGCCCUCCAGCUGGAGGACGACGACCACGGUCGGGUCGCCGACUUCGACAACGAUGACGACUUUGUUGUCGGUCGCUCCCGGCGCAAGCGGACGGUUGUGGCCGACGAUUUCCUAGACGCCGAGCUGGAUGACAUUGAUGACAUGGAGGAGCCGAUCGACUUCGACGACGAGGCCGGCGGCAACCCCUACGGCAAUGCGGCCUACCAUGGUGACGAUGAUGGGGCCUUCUCGGAUGAUGGGGCCUUCGGCGAUCAGGGGGACAUUCCUAUCCCCCAUCACCCGGGCUACAGCUCGCUGUCCGGGGAUCUGUUCGAGGUUCUGUUCGGCUCGCCACAGUACAUCAUCGACAUGCUGAAGAAGCAGCUCCAGGGGAUGGAAAACCCGGCGGACACCAGCUCCAUCGAGCCCAAGGUCCUGCGCGAGCGCUACCGCACCCAGCGCGAUGACCUGAUCCGCACGGCCGAUUGCCCGGAGCGUUUCUUCGACCUGGCUGACAUUGACGAGCGCCGGGCCCGGCAGAAGCGUCGUCAGACCCUGCGCAAUGCCGACAUGCUGGCCAUGGUUCAGGGCGACGAUGACACCGAGUCCGAUGGCAUGGCAACCGAGGGGGCUCUCUCGGCCGAGGAGCGUCAGCGCCUGGAGCGGGAGGAGCGCCUCGACCGGGUGGAGCUCCGCCGCGAGGCCCGGUGGAUCCUGUGCAAUUCGCCGCUGGCCGCCAAGGCGAUGGCCCAGCUGGAGGAGGCCCGUGGCCCGGGCGGCGGGGCCACCCUGUCCCGGAUCCUGGCCGGCUCGACCGGCGACUUUUCCACCAGCCCCCGGCUGGGUGUCUUUGCCACCUUCGUGCGGGAGAUCAUGACCGUGCUGGACUUCCUGCGCAAUGAGCUGUUCGAGGUGUCCUUCAUCAUCUUCUACCGCCGCCACUACUUCUCGGUUUUUUGCCUGUCGGACUUCUGGGUCAUCUACGACCACGACAUCAAGUGGACCUCCCUGGCCAAGAGCGCCCAGGACACGGUGAAUUUCUACCGGCGCAUUCGGGACCGCCCGGCGAGCGAUCCCCUGCCGAGCGUCAGCUACAUGGAGAACAUGGACCUGUUCGGUCCGAUUGGAGCCGGCAUGCUGAUGACCGGGUCCUCGCGGCCGAUUUCCGACAACGAGGCCACCGAGGCACUGAAUGAUGAUCUGCUGGAUUUGCAGCUGUUCUCCCCCUCCGGGGUGUACCUGCCGACCAGUGUGCAGGAGGUGCAGGACCUGCGCGACUACAUGUCGCACCAUCUCGGGGACCUGGGCGAGCCUGGCACCGGGGCCGAGGAUGGCGAGGGCGCCGGGUCGACGGGCCUGCGCCGGCACCUGCGCUCCUCGCGCAACCGGUCCACCCCCUCGGCCACCAGCUUCCCGGUGGAUUUGGUGGCCUUCGUGCGGACUUUCGCCAUCAGCGGCGAGCAGCUGGGCAUCAAUCUGGUGGACAACCUCCAGCAUGAUGCCAUCCCCACGCCGCGGGAGAGCCCGCUGGCCCAUGCGGAGACCUUCCUCCGGGGGCUGGCGGCCGAUAGCCCGCUGGCCGGGCUGACCGGGCGGGCCCUGCUCCGCCAGGCCGCGGCCUGCCUCGAGCGGGAGAUCUUCACCGACCCCCGGACGCGGCGCUUCAUUCGCCAGCUGUACUUCGACCGGGUGGCCCUGCUGAAUACGCGGCCCACGCCGGCCGGCGAGAGCGAGAUCGAUGAGUUCCAUCCGUUUGCCAAUUUCAAAUUCCUGACCGGCUACCCGGCCAAGGCCCUCCGCGCGCAGGGGACCUUCGUGUCCAUCCACAAGGCCGUGACGGACAACCUGCUGGAGGUUUCCUUCUCGGAUUGCGUGCCGCUGCUGGCGGCCGGGUCCACCAAUGGCGGGGCCGGGCCGGGCAGUGUGCCGGGCACCACCGGCCCGGCCGGGCCCCAUUCGCCGGUGGUGGACCUGGCCUCGGGCGAGUCGGCCGCCGGGAUGGCGACCUCCCCGGCCGGGGGCGGCCCGGGCGGCCUGCGGCCCGACCAGACGUCCUCGCCCAUCCUGCAGGAGCUGAUCGCCGGGUUUUGCUGUGCCGAGCGCUCGGACCCGGCCACCCUGGAGUGGAAUGGCCUGCGCCAGCGUCUGCUGUACAAUGUCCUGGCCACGCACUUUAAUCCCCUGCUGAAGGAGGAGAUCCGGGGCAAGCUCCUGGAGGAGGCGCGCCUGGCGGUGGCCGACGAGGUGGCCGGCAGCGUGCGGGAGCUCCUGAAUGCCGGGCCGUAUUUCCUCUCGCAGCCGGACCUGCUGGCCGAGAUGCGGGAAUUCCGCAGCAACACCCGGUCGCCCUUGCGGAAUGUCCUGAGCCUGGCCCGCGACCGGACCAAGCUCUAUGCGGCGGUGGUCGAUGAGGGUGGCUUCUUCAUCAAUGGGUCCGUCUUCACCAUUGCGGUGGAGCGCCAGCACCGGGGCACGGUGGAGCUGGAUCACAAGGAUCUGGUGGCGUUUAUCUACCAAUUCCGGCCGGUGGCCAUUGUCAUCGGCACCUUCGGCAUGGAGACCCGCAGUCUCUUCCGGUUCAUGGACGACCUGAUCAAGACGCGCAACAUCCAGACGGAGCUGCUGUAUGUGGACGGCAGCGCGGCCCGGCUGAAGGAGCAGCGUGUCAUCCACACGGACCCGUCGCUGAUGGAGUACGACACGAACUUCCGCUUCGCCGUGCACACGGCCCGGCGGCUGCUGGACCCGCUGGAGGAGUUGGCGUCCCUGUUCACGGCGCAGAAUGACAUCCUCUCGUUGCGGGUGCACUCCCUGCAGCGAGAGCUCCCGGGGAGCCUGCUGUUGGACAUCUUCACUCGGGCCUUCUGCAUGAGUGUGGCCCAUGUCGGGGUGGACAUCAACCGGUCGAUUUCGGCGCCGCACUUUGGCCACAGCCUGCAAUUUGUCCCGGGGCUGGGGCCGCGCAAGGCCGAGGGCCUGAAGCUGGCCAUCUCCCACAACUUGACCUUCCUCAAUAGCCGGGACCAGUUGAUUUCCGAGCUGGCCCUCGGGUCCUGUGUGUACAUCAAUUGCGCGGCCCUGUUGGUGGUCCGGCCGCGGACCAUUCGCCCGGACCGGCGCCGCGACUCGCGCGACACGCUCAUGAACCACUUCGAGGUGCUGGACGCGACGCGCAUUCACCCGGAAAGCUACGAGCUGGCCCGGCGCCUGGCCUUCGAUGUGCUGGAUCCGGACUUCCGCGGGAAGAUGGCCACCGAGGUGGAGGACUCGCGCGCCAUCCUGGCCAUGUGGGAGAGCGGGGCCACGCACAAGCUGGCCGCCAUCCAGGCCGACAGCUAUGGCGGGUUCUUCCGCGGCGAGCCGGUCAAGCAGCUGGGUCAGAUGCUGAAGCGCAUGCGCUUCGAGCUGGAGACCCCCUUCUAUGAGACCCGGCACAAGUUCAAGGCCAUCGACGAUGAGAGCCUCUUUGAGUUGCUCACUUCGGAGGCCAUGCACAGCCUGUAUGAGGGGCUGGUGCUGUAUGCGCAUGUGGACCGCGAGAGUGACCAGGGCUUGCAGGUCCGCCUGCCGUCGGAUCUGAACGGCUUCCUGCCCUUCAGCCGGGGCGGCGACCGGGCCAUCUACCCGCGCGGGUCCUCCAUCGAGGUGAAGGUGACCACCAUCGACCGGAGUGCCUUCCGGGUGCUGAUGAGCGCCCUGCCGGAGGACAUCGCCAGUUCUCGUCAGGCCUUCCGGUCGAAGAUGGUCCGCGCGCCGUUCUUCGAUGUCGCGGCCAUGGAGGCGGCCGAGCGCCGUGCACGCGAGGCUCGUGUGGUCAAGAAGCCGGAGAUCGUUCGGCGCAUGGUCGACAACAACCCCAACUUCCACAACAUCACACACGCCGAGGCAGAGGAGAUGCUCCGUUCCGAUGAGUAUGAGAUCGGCGACUUCAUCAUUCGUCCGUCCUCCUCCGGGUCGGUGUUCCUGACGAUCACCAUCAAGUGGCCGGCCGGGGCCUUCUACCAUGUGCUGGUGACCGAGCGCGACAAGCAGCUGGUGUCGGCCAUCGGCAAGCGGCUGAUCAUCGAGGACUCGCGCCUUGGCAGCUCGGUGUUCGAGGAUCUCGACGAUCUGACGGCCAACUGGAUUGAGCCCUUCUCCAUGCGCCUGCAUGAGCUGAUGGAGCACAAGAAGUUCCACCGGGACCUGGGGGAGACGGCCCUGGGCGAGCGCCUGCUGGCUGAGCGUGGCGCCUCGUCCAUCGUGCCAUACGGCAUGUGCGCCGACCCCAAGCAUCCCGGAUACAUGCUGCUGCUGUGUGUCCCGCACAAGUCCAUCGUCAAGCUGUUCAUCAAGAUCACCCCGAAGGGGUAUCUCCUGGACAAGUCGGCGCAUGUGCUGGACUCGACGGACCACCUGCUCAACAGCUUCAAGCAGAUGAUGGUGUCUCGGGCCUCCGGGGCUGGCGGCCGGUCGUCCUCUCAGGCGCCGCAUGCCGGGGGCCGGGCCAAUGCCGGGCCGGGGCCGGGCGUGCCCCCCGGCGGGGGCGCCUCAUCCAGCGGCUACUCCGGCCAGUAUGGCGCCGCCUCGGCCUCUUCCUCUGGUUCGUCUGCUUCCCAGCAGCAGCCCGCCUCCGGGGGGGCCGCGUCCGCCGGAGGCGGCAGCUAUGGCAGCUACUAUGGCGACGGGCCGGGGGCCUACUCGCAAUCGCAGCCCUCGGCCUACGGGGCGGCGGCGCCUGCUGUCGCUGCCUCAGCGUCGCAGGCGUACCAGGGCGGCCGGCCCGCGGGUCCCGGCGGCUACGGCGGGGCCUACGGUGGCGCUGGUGCUGGGGCCUAUGGCGGUGGGGCUUAUGGCGGCGGCGCUUAUGGCGGCGGCGGCGGCAGCGGCACCGCCGGUGGGUAUGGCAACGCCGGUGCCUAUGGCGGUGCCUCCUCCUACGGCGGUGGCGCUGGCGGUGGGGCAUAUGCCCCGACGGCCGGCGGUCACGGUGGCCAUCCUCACGCGCAGGCCAGCCUGCCACCGGCCCCGACGAGCGCCUCCGGCGCCGCCUACCAGGGCGGCGGCAGCUACCCGUCACACUACCCGGCGGGUGCUUCUUCCUCCUCCUCCUCCUAUGGCGGUGGCAGCGGCGGCAGCAGUAGCGCUGCCGGACAGUACUCCUCGCACCAUCCGUACCAUCAUUUGCCAGCGGCGCCGGGGCCGUCCUCGGGGCAGCAGCAUCCCCACCUGCCGCCGGCUCCGGCGGCGCCGCACCAUGGCCCCGGGGCCGGGGCUUACUCCGGGUCCUCCUCGUCUUCGGCCGCGGCCCCGAGGAGGUACUAGAUGUGGGCCGCGGUCCGUCCUUCCCUCUUCUUUCCAGCCGACCCCCUCGGCGCUUGUGCGCGCAGGCACGCGGGGGCGCGCCCUUGCAGCGGGCGGGAGACGCGGGCGAAGGGUCGCCCCCUCGUUGCGGGAUCCGCCCCUGCCCGUGUUUCUUUCACUCGUGUCACUCCCGGGGGGCAGUGUGUGUGUAUGUGUGUGUGUG